UUUGUUUUACGGUAACGUCAGGUAGGCGUGUUUUGCGUCGGAAUGUACCAUCUCUCCAACACACCGGGAGUUAUUUUGUUGUGACAGCAGCACAGUCACAACCCGGCGGGGGGAACACGGUCAUAACAAAGGUUUUAUUUCCCCUCCUAAGACAAAAAUGGCCUUCAGCAAAGGAUAUCGCAUUUACCACAAGCUGGACCCACCGCCCUAUAGUGUCAUAGUAGAAACCAGGACACGGGAAGAAUGCCUCAUGUUCGAAUCAGCGGCCGUCGCUGUUCUGUCCUCAGCGGAGAAGGAGGCCAUUAAAAAUACAUACACCAAGAUCGUUGACGCCUAUGGAAUCCUGGGUGUGCUCCGUCUAAACCUGGGAGACUCCAUGCUCCACAGUCUGGUGGUGGUGACAGGAUGUAGUUCUGUCGGGAAGGUGCAGGAUUCAGAGGUUUUCAGGGUCACACAAACAGAUUUCAUAUCGCUGAAGAACGAUCCCGGAGAUGAGGACCGUAUCGCUGAGGUGCGAAAGAUCCUCAACUCGGGACACUUCUACUUCGCCUGGUCGUCCACUGGAGUCAGCAUGGACCUGAGUCUCAACGCACAUCGCAGGAUAUUGGAAGAUACUACAGAUAACCGCUUCUUUUGGAACCAAUCGCUGCAUUUGCAUCUGAAACAUUACGGAGUGAACUGUGACGAUUGGCUGCUGAGGCUGAUGUGCGGCGGCGUGGAGAUCAGGACCAUCUACGCAGGUCACAGACAGGCCAAGGCCUGCAUCUUCUCCCGCCUCAGCUCAGAGCGAGCGGGUACACGGUUCAACGUCCGGGGAACGAAUGACGACGGACAGGUGGCCAACUUUGUGGAGACUGAACAGGUCAUCUUUCUUGACGACAGAGUUUCAUCCUUCAUUCAGAUCCGUGGAUCCAUUCCUCUCUUCUGGGAACAGCCGGGCAUCCAGGUGGGCUCCCAUCGUGUCAAACUCUCCAGGGGAUUCGAGGCGAACGCACCAGCAUUUGAGAGACACUUUACCGCCCUGCGAAUGUUGUACGGCAAACAGGUGAUCAUCAACCUGCUGGGGAGUAAAGAAGGCGAACACAUGCUCAGCAAAGCCUUCCAGAGUCAUUUGAAGGCCUCAGAACACGCAGCUGCCGUGAAAAUGGUCAACUUCGAUUACCACCAGAACGUAAAAGGAGGAAAGGCGGACAAACUCCACAGCAUUCUGAAACCUCAGCUGGGCAAGUUCGUGGAAGAGUGUGGCUUCUUCUACUACACCGGGGAGAAGGGAAUCACGAGAACUCAGGGUGGAACCAUCAGGACCAACUGCCUGGACUGUCUGGAUAGAACCAACAGUGUUCAAGCCUUCUUUGCCCUCGAGAUGUUGCCGAAGCAGCUGGAAGAAAUGGGUCUGACAGAGAAACCACAGCUGGUGGCCCGGUUCCAGGAGGUUUUUAGAACCAUGUGGUCGGCCAACGGAGAUUCAGUCAGCAAGAUCUACGCAGGCACCGGGGCCCUGGACGGCAAAGCCAAGGCCGGAAAGUUGAAAGACGGAGCUCGUUCUGUGACGCGGACCAUCCAGAACAACUUCUUCGACAGCUCCAAGCAGGAGGCCAUCGACAUCCUGAGGCUGGGCUCCACGCUCAACAGUGACCUGGCCGACAAAGCUCGGGCCUUGCUCACCACGUCCAGUCUUUAUGUCACUGAGCCCGUCUUACAAUCAGCAUCUCCACGAGUGCUGCUAGGAAUGUGUCAAAGCUACCAAAAAUACACCAGGCCCAAGCAGAUCCGCGUCUGUGUCGGCACCUGGAAUGUCAACGGCGGGAAACAGUUUCGCAGCAUUGCUUUUCGCAACCAGACGCUAAACGAUUGGCUGCUGGACGCUCCCAAAAUCGCAGGACUUCCUGAGUUUCAAGACAGCAAGGCCAACCCCAUAGACAUCUUUGCCAUAGGAUUUGAGGAGAUGGUUGAACUGAACGCUGGCAACAUCGUCAGUGCCAGCACCACCAACCAGAAACUGUGGGCGGCCGAGCUUCAGAAAAACAUCUCCCGAGAUCACAAGUAUGUGCUGCUGGCUUCAGAGCAGCUGGUGGGAGUGUGUUUGUUUGUGUUCAUCCGCCCGCAGCACGCACCCUUCAUCAGAGAUGUCGCUGUUGACACUGUCAAAACUGGAAUGGGUGGGGCCACUGGCAACAAAGGAGGCGUGGCCAUCCGCCUCCUCUUCCACACCACCAGCAUCUGUUUCGUCUGCUCUCACUUCGCGGCCGGCCAAUCGCAAGUCAAGGAGAGGAACGACGACUACAACGAGAUCACGCGCAGACUCAGCUUCCCCAUGGGUCGUCUGUUGUACUCACACGAUUACGUGUUCUGGUGUGGAGACUUUAACUAUCGUAUCAGCCUGCCCAACGAAGAGGUCAAAGAACUCAUCAAACAGCAGAACUGGGACGCCCUAACUGCCGGUGACCAGUUGGUGGAUCAGAAGAACGCUGGUCUGAUCUUCCGAGGUUUCAUUGAGGGAAACUUGGAUUUUGCUCCCACCUAUAAGUAUGACCUGUUCUCAGAAGACUACGACACCAGUGAGAAGUGUCGCACGCCCGCCUGGACUGACCGUAUACUCUGGAAGAGGAGGAAAUGGAACUUUGAUAGAACUGCUGAGGAGCUGAACAUAGUUGGUGCAACUUGUACAUCGGGGGAGAACGAGGAUGAUCCAGAUCAUCCUUGGAGCCCAGGGUCUCUGAAGUACUACGGCAGGGCUGAGCUGAAGACCUCCGAUCACAGGCCAGUGGUGGCAAUAAUGGACGUGGACAUCCUGGAGGUCGACCCCGAGGCUCGACACCAGGUCUACAAAGACGUCAUCGCCCUCCAGGGGCCUCCCGAUGGAACUAUCCUGGUGUCGCUGUGCACCUCCGGCCCUGAUGACUACUUUGAUGACGCGCUCAUCGAUGAACUGCUGGACAAGUUUGCGAACUUUGGAGAAGUGAUUCUCAUCAGGUUUGUGGAGGAGAGGAUGUGGGUGACCUUCCUUGAAGGUUACUCCGCUCUCGCUGCUUUAUCGCUCUGUGCGUCCUCUGUCCUUGGUAAAACCAUUGACAUCCGUUUGAAGAGUCCAGGCUGGAUCAAGAGUCUGGAGGAGGAGAUGAGUGCGGAGCGAAUCUGUGGCAGCAUCCCUACCUCUGCCAGCUCCACUCUACUGGCCGAGGACACGGACAUGGGCGAUGAUGAUUAUGACAUGGAAGGUGAUGUGGACGAGGAGGUGGAGGAGAUCCUACCCCAGCACCUUCAGCCUGGAGCCGGUGCAGGUCCUGGCUACUCUCCCGCGCCCUCCCCUCGCACCAGCCCCUGUCCAUCUCCCACUCACGGAGAGCCAGCGGCUCCCAGUCGACCCAGCAGAGCACCGCAACCUGCCCGACCAUCGCAAGGGCCUCCUGUUGAUUUCCAGCCAGGUGCUCCCACCUCUCAAGUUUGGGAGCCCAAACGUCCUCCUCCACCUCGCCCUAACGCCCCCCCAGCCAGACCAGCUCCACCACAACGUCCACCACCGCCUUCAGGACCAAAAAGCCCCGCCCUCUCUCGACCAGAUGCUGCCGCAGGUCGAGGCUCAGCAGCUGCAGGAGCUCCUGGACCUCCUGGAGGAGGGUCUUCCAGACCGAAUAUUCCUCCCAGAGCCGGGGUGAUCAGUAUGCCGCCACUUUCCCGUCCGCCACCUCUCUCCCACCCUGGAGCACCCAGACCUAUCCCAGAAAUGCACCCAGGGGCCCCUCGACCCAUCCCAGACACUCACCCUGGAGCCCCACGGCCUAUACCUACGAGUGUCCAGGAAAAACCACCUGACCUGCCCUCUGGUCCUCCACCCUCAGGACCACCUCUUGCAGUGAGAGCCCAGGCUCCACCACAGAUGCCCCCAUCCACUGCCCCGUCACAGCUCCCACCCCCGAUGCAGCCCACCCUUCCAGCACCUCUCCUACCACAGCAGGCACCUCCUGCUCCUCCUGCUGCCCCUGCUGCCCCUGCUCCUCCUGCCCCUGCUUCUGCUGGACCUCUUUGACGUCUGGCCUCUCCUAAAGCUCCACCCCGGUCCCGCUCCUCUCACGCCUUGCCACCUGAUGCUGCCAAGUCAGACGCAGGCCCCGCUGCACAGACAAAUGGACUGAAUGGAAUCCAAAGCGAAGCACAAUGGAAGCCUGACCCCUUGGACACACUCACGUCUGAUUUAUUCUCCUCUUCUUCCUCCUCCUCCUCCAACAACUGGCGAAACACCCAGUCCCUCACCAGAGGCUCCUCCAUGCGCGCUCCUCCCUCCGUCCCUCCGUCCACGUUCUCCUCCAGCACUCUCCCCUCGUCCUUCUCCCUCCAGUCCUCCGCCCUGUCAGACCUGCAGGCGCUCGAUUCCUCGUCAUCCUCCUCCUCACUGUCCAACGCGUCGCCAUUUGCCUCCUCCUCCUUGCUUCUGCCUCCUCCUCCAGUCCCGUCUCGCAGUCGCUCACAGGAGACACUUCGUUGUUCGCCCGGUCCCUUCCCCACCAACACUCUCCCGGCCCGGCCCAGCAGCACCAACCCCUUCAGUGGACCUUUGGCUCGGCAGCAGCCGAGCCGUGCUCUCACCCCCGACUUCAGCAGCCACAAUCCUGGACCAACAGCCAACCUGCACAGGACCAUGUCUGUUUUCGCUCAGCCCCUCAUCCCCACCCCGGCUACAUCAGCGCCUCCUGCCUCGGCUGCUCCGUCCUCCCACCUCCAGAGGUCCAUGUCCCUCUUUGACUCGUCCUCCAUUCUCACUGCUGCACCUGCUCCUCCACCUCUCAUGAACAGAAACCCCUCACCUGCUCCCACUUUACCUCUGGCAACAGCCUUCUCCAUCCCGCCUGCCUUCGCUCCCCCUGCAGGAGGCAAACCUCCCCAGCAGUGGGUCACUUUUGACGAAGAUUCCGGUUUUCCUCCAACGACCAAAACGUCACAGAAACCCACCUUUCCUUUCAAUUCCCUCGCUCCCCAAACUCAGACUCAAGCCCCUCGCUAUGUGUUCGACUCGGAGCCCGACUGGUUGACCUCGGGUCCCUCGGUAUUCCCGACCCUGCCCCCUCCCAUCCUGGGAAGAACUGCAACGAAUAACUCAACCCUCGCGGAGAGACCUGGUGACGGCUGCUUCUUCUCCAGGGAGUCCACAGAAAGAUAGGAUCUUAAAUGUAUAACCUGCAUAUGUGUUAAUCUAUGACCAAUGUGUAUAUGUGUGUGUGUAUGUGUGUGUAUGUACAGUGACGUGAUUAUUUUAAGAGGUACAGACCAGUUCACCUUCUGUGUCACAGGAAGUGAAGAGGAGAGUGUGUGUGUGACGUGACUUCACCCCCUGGUGUUUGGGUUUAUUCGACCCGCAGUCGACCCCCGUGUUUUAUUUCUGCUGCUCGUGUCCUGUGUGUUAUACAAAAGGUUUAUCUUGUACGCACAAGUUUUUUUUUUGUGAGCUCCAGUGCAAUAUCAAGGCCUGGGUCAGCGCUGAAACACUGCAGUCUGUAUCUCCCUCUCGGUUUUGACUCUCACCUAUUAUCACGUGAUUGGACUUUCCGAUGCAGUUAUUGUCCAGUUUCUGGGUUUUGUUCGACGGCCGUACAGGGAGCGUCCCCUGGAGCUUCUCAUCCACAUAUCAUUCAGUGAGCUCUCAGCUAACAUGUUAGCUUUGGUUGAAGGUAUGCAACAUCUACUUUUUUCCAAAUUAACUGCCAGACUUGGAUCUUUUUUUUUUUCAGAAAGUGAUGCAAUAGGCCCCAAUGCAUUUUGACACUGCCCUGUACACAGUAGAGAGAAUCCACAGUAUAGUAGUCGGGACGUCUGUCGCCAACGUGCACUUCUACGUAUGUUGCUUCAUUUCAGAUGGUUUCUCAAUCUUUGGUUCACAGGAAGAUUCUAAAAGGGUUUUUUUUUUAGAUGGAAUCUCCUCGAAAAAGAGUUCUGUUUCUGCCUGAAUUCUAUAUGAAUCAACAGACAAAGGUGUUCGAAGAUGCUCCACAUUUAUCAUCUACUUUAUAGCUAUCUGUAUAUGUUUUUGUAGCUGCGUAAGAAAAAUCUAGACAUACUGAUAAUGUAUACAUUUACGUUUUAAAGUGAAAACUACUCUUUAAAAUGGCAUACGUUACGUAGUGUGUGUGUGUGUGUAUUGGUCGUUUCACACACUGUAACUGAUGUGCACUGAGGGUGUCCAUGCCCCACGAGUUGUGUUGACAAACUGGACCAAAGUGGACCACACCCUGUCGUCGCCUUCAUCACAACAUCCACCCUCUACACCAAACCCAUGCUGUUUGAUACAGAGAAUAUGUACCUGUGUAUUUCUGUUACUGUAAUUACAAAGUGACACAAUUCUCAUGGACCCGAGGCCAUGCAUAAUAACAGUAAAAGAAAGGGGGGGGGCUUAUUUUGGGCUUUAAUUGCGAAAAACGAAACAUUUUAAGUUUCUAAGAGGACAUUUACUCUAAAUAAUGUGUUGUUAAUAGUGUGGUGAGAAGUAACGUGUCGUGUUUGAGGUGCAUAUCGUCCAUUUUAACGCGUCUAAUAGUGUAAGUGUGUGUACAGAGUGGAAUGUCGCAGCUCUUCUCUGGUCAGAACACACACACUGUGUGUGUGUGUGAACCAACAGCCGGUGUAACAACUCACUCAAGGCUGUCGUCGUGUUUCUGCUUCUCACUCUGCUGUCGACAGGCAUCACUGUAUGCAAAAAAAAAAAAAAAA